CCACCGGGUUUCCAUGUGAUUUGAUUAGUAGUUUUUGUCUGUUGAUUUUUUUAGCCGGAUUUUUUUACUCUUUCUCUCGAUAAUCACUUUAACCAAUUGCAUUUAGAACAAGUUCCCACAGUCGGUUAUGGCAGUGAAAAGCGAACCCGAUGUUGCCGAUUUGUUGGCCAAGGCAAAACUUGAACAAGUAAACGAAGUGUCAUUCGCCGGAAAGGGCCUGAAACUUGACACAGCCGAAGAUGCUGCCGAAAUUGUCAAAACCAUAAAUGAAUCCAAAGAUGUGCAAUCAUUACGGUUAGGAGGUAACACGGUUGGUGUAGAAGCCGCCAAAGCUAUUGCUAAAGCUCUAGAAAAUAAAGCAGAAUUUGAGAGAGCAAGAUGGAGUGACAUGUUUACUGGACGACUGAGAUCAGAGAUUCCUGUAGCACUGGAAAGCCUAGGAGCUGCCAUUAUCACAGCUGAAGCCCAUUUAGUGGAACUUGAUUUAAGUGAUAAUGCAUUUGGUGCAGACGGAGUGCGAGCAUGUACAGAGCUGCUGCAAAGCGAAGCAUGUUAUUCCAUAAGAGAACUUAGAUUUAAUAAUAAUGGACUCGGUAUAGGUGGGGGAAAAAUUUUAUCAGCAGCAUUAAUUGAAUGUCAUAAAAAAAGUUCAGCUGCAGGGAAACCAUUAUCACUGCAGCUUUUUAUCGCUGGAAGGAAUCGAUUAGAAAAUGAUGGUGCCACUGCCUUGGCAUUAGCAUUCAAGACUAUAGGAACACUCGAACACGUAGCAAUGCCACAGAAUGGUAUAAAUCACCAGGGAAUAUCAGCACUGGCAGAUUCGUUUGCAAAGAACGACAAACUGAAGAUAAUAAAUUUGAAUGAUAAUACAUUUACAGGAACAGGAGCUAAAUCAAUGGCCUCUGCGUUUGCUAACCUACCUGAAUUAGAAGUCAUAAACUUUGGUGAUUGUUUAGUUAGAUCUGCUGGAGCACAGGCAAUAGCAAAUGCCUUAGAGCAUGGAGUUCCUAAACUCAAGGAAUUGAAUUUAUCGUUUGGUGAGAUCAAAAAAGAUGCAGCCCUGGCAGUAGCUAAAAGUGUGCAGAGUAAAAAGAAUUUAGAAAAACUUGACUUAAAUGGUAAUGGCCUUGGAGAAGAAGGGAUAGAUUCAAUUAAUGAGAUUUUCGAAUCUGUUGGCAUAACAGACAAGCUUGGUUCUUUUAGUGAUGAUGAAGGCGACAGUGAAGAUGAAGAUGGUAAUGAUGAGGCAGAGGAGGAGGAAGAAGAAGUAUCAGAAGUGAAAGAGGAGGUAGAAGGUGACGUUUCAGAAGAUCCUGCGUUACAAAUUCAAGGUACGGCGAUUACACCAAGAAGUCAAGAUGACAAGGCUACUGUUACUAUUGGUGACUUCCUCCAGUCUCCCUCAUCUGAUAAGUUACUUGCAUUAGGUAGCAACAGAUCACAGCUGUUUGUUGAUGAACUUGGGAAAGUGGAAAAUUCAGACAGUAUCGUGAAGAUGUUCUUCAAAGUGUCAUCAGUCAUGGACUUAGAGAAUGAGAAUGUUACCAAUGCUGUCUACCAAUGUUCAGAUGCUAUUAUGAGUAAAGCGUAUUGCAGUGAUCUUAGACCAGAAGAAAUAGUAAAUAGCGUAUUAGUUUAUUUGGGACUUCUUAAGAGUGAAGAUAAAAUCAAACCAUUUCUCCAGAUCAAAGGAACAAUAAUCACUUUGGCACAUGUUGUAAAGCAAAACUAUUUUCCUAUUGUAUGUGCUACUACACUCAUCGCUUUCCUAUCAAGUUCCAUGCAAUCAAGGUCUGCACAGUAUAUUGUGGGAUUCGGAAACUCAUUUAUAAUCACUAGUAUUGAAGCGAGUGAGAUUGGCGGGGCUGGUGCUCUAACAGUGAGCACACAGAACAGCGGUAUUGUAAUUUAUGUUAGAAUGAAUUUCACCCCACAUUCCAUCUUUAGCUCGUUCACAAUUAAGAUUUGA